AUGCUCAUGCCUGAGUAUCCCCACAACGCUCGCCUCCUCAAGCCCAUUGAACGUGACUAUGCAGUCUGUCGUAUCGAGAAGGAAACCGGUGCCGGUGAGGCCCACGAAGAAACCACUGCUCUCAAAGGAUUCAAACUCGCCAUUAUGGACCCCAAGGUCUGGGCUUUGGUUUGGUGCAUGGGCAUGAGUCAAGCUAUGAGCUCAACCGUCAACUUCUUUCCUACCAUCGUCAGGUCUUUGGGCUUUAGCAAGAAUAUCACCUUGUUGCUCACUGCUCCCCCUUACAUCCUUGUAGCCAUUGUAUUCUAUAUCAUCAGCUAUAUCAGCGUUCUGGCCAUCGCAGUCGUCGCCUACGUCAUUUCGAUAUGUACACUCAAACUCGGCGGCCGAUACUUCGCCAUGAUGUUGAUGCCCUGUGUUGUUGCCGGUCCUCAGAUUUCCCUAUACAAGACUCUCAACAUGCACAUGGCUCGACCUUAUCCCAAGCGUGCAGCUGGCGUGGCCAUGAUCAAUGCCAUCGGUGGAUUGUCGAAUGUUUGGACGAGCUAUCUUUACUUUAGCUCGCCGCAUUGUUAUGCUGCCUUUGGAACUUUGAUUGGCUGCGCUGCUGCAUUCUUAUCAUAA